AUGCGCCUUUACGCCCUCCUCUUCACCCUUCUGUCGUCCACCCUACUAGUAGCCUACACCCCGCUGUCCAACCUCCUCCUCCAAUCUCUGCCGGCCCCUUCCACCUCCGACUACGACCCCAAAACCGGUCCUCUCCUCUCGCCCCUCCUAAUCCCCCGCGUCCCGGGAACAGAAGGCCAGAUCAAGGCGCAAGAGCACUUCCUCACUUUCUUCCGCACCCACCUCCCACACUGGGAGAUCCUCUGGCAGAACUCGACCUCCACCACACCCGCGACGGGGGACAGGAAGCUGCCGUUCGCGAACAUCAUUCUCCGGCGAGAACCGCCAUGGACCAGAAAGAGAGGCCCGGGAACCGCGGGGUUCUUAACGCUGGUUGCGCAUUAUGACAGCAAGAUUACACCGUCCGGGUUCAUCGGGGCGACGGACAGUGCCGCGCCGUGCGCCAUGCUGAUGGAUGUUGCGCGCCAGGUGGAUGGGUAUUUGGAUCGGAUGUGGGCUGCGGUGGAGCAAAAAGAUCCCAGGGAGAGGGAGGAUGUGGGAGUGCAGAUCCUGCUGCUGGACGGGGAGGAGGCAUUCGUGAGUUGGUCCGAUACGGAUAGUCUGUACGGGUCCAGGUCGCUCGCCGAGGAGUGGGAGGGCACGGUGUAUCCGGCCAUGUCGACGUUCCGGAACCCGCUGCGGCAGAUCAGCCUGUUUGUGCUGCUGGAUCUGCUGGGCGCCGCCAACCCCGCGGUACCAUCGUAUUUCCAGAGCACCCACUGGGCGUAUCAGCGCAUGGCUGCGCUCGAGGGCCGCCUGCGCCAGAUGGGCAUGUUGGAGAGCCAACCCCCCGACGGCAAACCGUUUCUGCCGGAGAGCGGCAAGAUGGCGACGGAAUUCGGCGCAAAUUUCGUCGGCGACGAUCAUGUGCCUUUCAUGAGGAGGGGUGCCCCCGUGCUGCACCUCAUUCCUUCACCCUUUCCGAAAGUGUGGCACACGAUGGAUGAUGAUGGGGAUCACUUGGACAUCCCAACCGUCAAAGACUGGACACGCAUUGUCACGGCAUUCACACUGGAAUGGAUGGACACGACAGCGCUCCCGGGUACUCGGCCAAGUCCCCUCCUCAAGACCACGACCGCUGGCAGCGUGCUGUUUGGUCCCCGAGCCACAUCUCACCUUCGACCGCCGCCGGUCGCCCGCUUCGCUAUUUACAACAGUCCCGAUCGCACGGAUUCACACCGUCGUACAGAAGCCAUGGACGGCAAAAGGCACGCCGCCUCCUUCCAGCAACUGGAGAAGCUCGGCGAGGGGACAUACGCAACUGUUUUUAAAGGCCGCAACCGCCAGACGGGUGAGCUGGUCGCUCUCAAGGAAAUCCAUCUGGACUCCGAGGAGGGCACCCCAAGCACGGCGAUUCGCGAAAUAUCCCUUAUGAAAGAGCUGAAGCACGAGAACAUUGUCGCCCUUCACGAUGUCAUCCACACCGAGAACAAGCUGAUGCUGGUCUUUGAAUACAUGGAUUGCGAUCUCAAGAAGUACAUGGACACAAAAGGCGACAGGGGCGCGCUUAAGCCCCCCGUCAUCAAGUCGUUCAUGUACCAGCUGCUCAAAGGGAUCGACUUCUGCCACAGGAACCGCGUGCUUCAUCGAGACUUAAAGCCGCAAAACCUCUUGAUCAACACCAAGGGUCAGCUCAAGCUGGGAGAUUUCGGCCUUGCCAGGGCAUUCGGCAUCCCUGUCAAUACCUUCUCGAAUGAGGUGGUGACACUCUGGUACCGGGCGCCGGACGUUCUGCUCGGUAGUAGGACAUAUAACACGAGCAUCGACAUCUGGUCCGCGGGCUGCAUCAUGGCCGAGAUGUUCUCGGGAAGACCUCUGUUUCCUGGCACGACCAAUGAGGACCAGAUCAUCCGCAUCUUUCGUAUCAUGGGGACCCCGACCGAGAGGACUUGGCCAGGCUUGUCGCAGUUUCCCGAGUACAAGACAACGUGGCAAUUGUAUGCAACGCAGCCGCUCAGCAGCAUCCUGCCUCAGAUCGACCCGCUCGGCAUCGAUCUGCUCCAGCGCAUGUUGCAGCUCCGGCCGGAGCUCCGCAUCUCUGCGUCCGAAGCCCUGACGCACCAGUGGUUUGCCGAUCUGCUUGUGGGCCAACCGGGGCCAAAGCAGCAUCCACAGCACCCUCAGUCACAGCAGAUGAUGCACCCUCAAGCAGGAUACCAGCCUGUGCCAAGCCAGGGCAACUACGGUGGCGGUUACUAG